AUGGACGAUCGUGAUAUAGCAUCAACAUUACUUAAUGAUAAGAGUAGUCCAACAAACACGGAUUGUAAAAUAUGUAAUGUAGGAUACAGAAAAUAUAUCAAUAAUUAUAUAAAAUGGGAAUUAGUUCUAUUACUUGUUAACAUUUUAGUAUCUCUGAUAGUUAUAUUUAAAUAUGUGAAAGAUAAGCAAUUAGACCAUAUUCCUAAAACAUUGUUUAGAACCAAAAAAAGUAUAGGGCAUUUUACCCAAGGAAUAACAUUUGUUGUUUUGUUGGUCCCAUUUAAAUUUACACAGCAAAUUACCAAAUUUUUAGUUGAUAAAUUAGAAAAUAAAAACAUUUACAAGAAUAAUAAAAUUGAAAAAAAUAAUGAUGAAACCGAUAGAAAAGAAAUUGAUAUAGAAAAACCCAAAGGUGAAAUAACAAAAGUAUACUCACACAAAUUUGAAUUUAUGAUAAAAAUAAAUAAUACGCAGGUUGAGAAUCGUGUUGGGGACAAUUUGGGUAAUCAAAAUGACGAAAAUAUUUUAAGUGAAAAUAAAGUGGAAUUUAUCAAAACUAAAAAAAACCUUUAUGAUAUUAUUAAUAGUACAGAUAAUACGAAAGAAAAAUGUUCUGAAAGCGAAUUGCUUUUAAAGAGUCUAAUUUUCUCUUAUAAUACACCAAAAUAUAAAAAAAAUGAAAUAUAUUUUUUUUUUUUAUGUGGGAAGUUACUUUUAAUUAAGAAGUAUAAUAUGAUCUUUAUAUUAAAGUAUAUCAGUUGCUUUUUAUUGAUGAUUUCUUACCCUUUGUAUAAUUUAAUUAAGAGAAAAAUUAAUUAUCAUUUUUUUUAUUAUUCCUCUUAUUAUAUUAAUGCAUUUGAUUUUGCAUGUGGGGUUUUAUCGGGAACAUUAUUUGUUUUGAUAUAUGGAAUAAUAAAUUAUUUAAUUGACGUUAUGUAUACUAAUAGAAAAAAUGAUAAAUAUUGUUUUUGGGAUAAUUACUAUUUUUUAAAUGACAUAACAUGCAUAUGUGAUGAAAAUAUCCAAAAUAACAUAAAGCAUGAUCUAUAUUUAAAAAAAAUAGCAGAAACAUACUUUAAUGUAUAUUAUAAUUACAAAAGCCUUCUCUUUAUGGGAAUACUAAUAUUGUCCGCUGUAACUACCUUUUCAUUUUUCUUUACAUUAAGUUCUAUUUUAGCAUAUCAACAAGUUCAUAAUUGA